UUCGAAUUCCCGUCGCACGUCAAAGUUGCUGCUAAACUGAGACCGACAUCACUCCAUAAGAUUCAGAGUCACGCUUCACCUUAUCCUGCAGUGUAAAGCACAAAGUAUGAAGGGAACGAUUCUUCUGCUCAGCCGCAGCCUGAGCCGCGCGGCUCCUGUUCUCCGACGGAGCAUCCACUCCGGUGCYCGUCCGGCCUCCGCCAUCGCCUCCAAGCUGAGGACAGAACGUCCGCUCACCUCAGAGGAGAUUUACGCCCGCGAGGACAAGUAUGGAGCUCACAACUACCAUCCCCUGCCUGUGGCCUUGGAGCGAGGGACGGGCAUCUAUGUGUGGGAYGUUGAAGGGAACCGAUAUUACGACUUCCUCAGUGCCUACAGUGCAGUAAACCAGGGACACUGCCACCCUAAGAUUGUUGCUGCGCUCACUGCGCAGGCUUCUAAACUCACCCUGACCUCCAGAGCGUUCUACAACGACGUGCUGGGCGCUUACGAAGAGUACAUCACCAGCUUGUUUGGAUAUGACAAAGUAUUACCAAUGAAUACAGGGGUUGAAGCUGGCGAGACUGCCUGUAAGCUUGCAAGAAAGUGGGCCUACAACGUAAAGGGAGUUCCAAAAAAUCAGGCUAAAAUCAUUUUUGCAGAGGGGAACUUCUGGGGCCGCACCAUGGCGGCCAUUUCCAGCUCGACUGACCCCAGCAGCUAUGAGGGUUUUGGUCCCUUCAUGCCCGGCUUCGAGCUCAUCCCUUACAACGACAUUCCUGCACUGGAGAAAGCCCUUCAAGACCCAAAUGUUGCAGCCUUCAUGGUGGAGCCCAUCCAGGGAGAAGCUGGUGUUGUGGUUCCUGACCCGGGCUACCUGACUAAAGUCAGGGAACUUUGCACAAAAUCCAAUGUGUUGUGGAUUGCUGAUGAGGUGCAGACGGGCCUGGCGCGGACCGGCCGCCGGCUGGCUGUGGACCACGAGGGAGUUCGCCCGGAUGUGGUGAUGCUGGGCAAAGCUCUCUCAGGAGGAACUUAUCCUGUGUCUGCUGUGCUGUGUGACGAUGAGAUAAUGCUGACCAUCAAGCCCGGGGAGCACGGCUCCACGUAUGGAGGAAACCCCGUGGCUUGCCAUGUUGCUAUUGCUUCAUUGGAGGUGAUGGAGGAGGAGAAGCUUGCAGAAAAUGCUCAAAGGAUGGGAAAUUUGUUGCGAGCUGAGCUGAAUAAGCUGCCCAAAGACAUCGUGACAACGGUCAGAGGGAAAGGCCUCCUCAACGCAGUCGUCAUCAAGGAGACCAAAGACUACGAUGCCUGGAAGGUCUGCCUGCGCCUCCGUGACAACGGACUGCUUGCCAAGCCCACCCACGGCGACAUCAUCCGACUGGCCCCGCCCCUCAUCAUCAACGAGCACGAGCUGCGCGAGUGCAUCGAUAUCAUCCAGAGAACCAUCAUGUCCUUCUAAACAACAAAUCACCAGCGCAAUCAACUGACACCCCAUCAACCCAAAGCUCGGCUCGUCACCAAACAUUUUCAUUGGCUUUUACUUUGUUUUCAUUCGUAACUUAAAGGUGAAUAUUUUAAGAAUUGGUUUUUAGUGAAAAGAAGGGUGUUUGAGUAGUGUUUACAGAGCGAAUGUCUGUGAUGAUCUACUGAAAAGCUGCUGUUAGGACAAAGAGUUGCCUCAGGAAAGAUUUAAGACUGGUUAAAGAUUGUGUUUUUGGAGUGUUGAGUUUACCUUUUACAUCAUAAUAGCUGAUGUAUUUGUUGUUUUUACAUAAAUGCUCAGUUUUCUUUUUCAAGAAUUAGUAUUGUAGCAUGCAGGAAGGUAAAGAAAGCCCUCUGUAGGACUGUGAAGGAAGUGCACCUUCUCGCUGAAACUGAGAUGUGAUCUCUGGGUCUAGCGUGAGAUAAAUUUACAAAUCUAGUUUACUGCAGAUAGUUGGAAAUGCUGCUGUCGGCUGACAAUUUGUGGAACCAAUAUUGUUACACAAAAGAUUGUAAAAAAUUAAUAUAUUUAAUUUUGCACAUAAAUUUUGUCACUUUUGAAGAACUGCUAAUUUAUGUCUUAAAGGACCACCUUUUAUUACCUGUCGCUGUAAUUCAAAAUGUUGUGCUGUAUGUAGUAUCUACUGGAAAAAGACAAAAACUAAAAUCUUUGAGCCUGAAUCUGAGUAAUUUGCGAUAUUUAAAAGAGACGAAGCUGUUUGAAGAGCACACUGCUGGCUUUGAUUGAAGUCUGCUGUAUGUACAGUAUGUAUGUAAAAGAUUGUAUUUUAAGAAAAACAUCUGACAUUGUUACAAAACCUAGUAUUCUUCAAAUAAAUGAUCCCAGUGUCCCAC